AGAAAAUUUCUGCUUCUUCUGCUCUGCAAUUCACAUUGAUCAAAAAAUAACCCAUUUAAUAAAGCACAUGAUGGCAUUAAAGGACCUGAAUUGCACAAAGCACUCACCCUCCCCAACACCGUCGAGUUUGUUGUGAUGUUUUUUGCGGUGAUUCGGUGCGGCGUACACGGUGGAGGAGUUCGACUACCUCUCCGACUAGGAAUCGAAGCUCAUGAUCAUGCCGCAAGAACCGAUUCAUGCGGUCCAAGCGGCUGCUUCCAAGCUCAACAUCCCUUACGUGACCACCAACCUAUCUGCGGCCGCCAGCCACCUUACUCUCUCUUCCGCCGCCGAGGGGAGCCCUGACUCUGUCUCGCAACUCGUCAACGACCCCUCCGACGUGGCGCUCUUCCUCCACACGUCGGGGACCACGAGCCGGCCCAAGGGAGUCCCCUUGACGCAACUCAAUUUGGCCUCCUCGGUCCAGAACAUCAAAUCGGUCUACAAACUCACUGAGCCGGACUCAACGGUUAUCGCCCUCCCUCUGUUUCAUGUGCAUGGAUUAAUUGCUGGGUUACUAAGUUCAUUUUCCGCAGGAGCCGCCGCGACUCUCCCAGCCGCAGUCUCUCUCGCUUUGCGGCUCCUGGUGGUGAUGAAGGCAGAUGAGGGAUUUGAGGUUAUGGAGGCAGGGAAUAGCAGAGAAGAAAGUAACAGAGAUGAUAAACGGACAAGGCUGCCGUCGGGGCAAAAUUAGAAAUUUGUUGUUUGAGCAAUUUUAAUUGGACUAGUUUAAUGUUGGACUUUGUCCUAACCAUUAAAUAAAGUUCUUACAUGAUUUUUAGUUAA